AUGUCCACAAGAAACAAUGAAGAUGGGGGAUAUGCCGAUGAAGAUGCUGCGCCAGCAUACACAAUUCCUUCUCGACGGCUUGGCGCUCUAGAGCAUCCCAUGAUCAUCAAGAAUCUUGACAAAGCCAUCAAGACCUUUGGCCAGAAUAGUGCCCUUCAAGCUAUCCUCGACUCGGCCAGUCCCCAGAUUGCUGUCCCGUUGUAUCUGCGAUAUGACAACCCAACAGCAAGACCAUUGACAUCGCACAAUGCUUUGACGCACAAUGUUGUCUUGAAGGUGACCGUGCCGAAGCGUACGGGGAGGAAGCGCAAACGGGGUACUGACAGCCCUUGGGAAGGGGAGGUUGAGCAAGAUGUAGCGAAUGGAUCUUCAGCCGUUGACCCUGAGGUUUCCUCAAGGGACCGGCUUGACACGCCGCAAGUCAUCCGCCGCAAGUUGCAGGACAAUGUUGGGAAGUAUGUGGUCGAACCAAUUGGUGUGAUAAACAGUACACACCGAUACAGAGGCCUGGCCGACUUCCAGUAUUCAUUAGGGGAGUCCAAGUUCAUGAAGAAAUUCGUGGAAAAGGUCCUCCCUGGCGAUGUCAUCAAGUUGAAAGACUUUUCUCUCCAGCCGGGCAUCGAGGUUGGGCCCAACAUUGACUUGAUACCACCCCCUUACUUCACUCCAAGCACUUUGCCCUUCGGGUACAACUACGCCCAAAAUCCACACACAAAACAGCUCAGCCCCGGCCCUUCCGAUGCCUCUGGCAACAUGUCAGAAGACCAAGAAUACGACCGCAUCGUCAACAUCACCUCCCGUGUUCCCGCCGCAGGCUACUUCAUCGCCCAUGACGAAUACCCAGUCCCUGCAGGCCCACGCCGUCAACCAGACAUGUCCGACCCGCAAGUCGCCGCCAUCAUCAACGAAAUGCACCUGGCCAUGGAGGAGCGGCCGAUCUGGACCCGCCGCAGCAUGUGGAACCGGCUCGGGGCCAAAUUCGCCGAGCUACCCAAGAACGGCGGCCUCGUGCGCCACUGCCUGCAAUACGCCGGCUACCAGUUUAAGGGCGGGCCGUGGCGCGACGCCCUGGUGCGAUACGGCCUGGACCCGCGGACGGAUCCCAAGUACCGCAUCUACCAAACCCUCAUCUUCAAGCUACACAAAACGCGGAUCGGGUCCGUGGGCCGCUCGUGGCAAGCGCUGCGGCGCAAGGAGAUCGGCGUGUCGAACUUCGGUAAAGCCUGGAAGGACCUCGGCGUCGGCGUCAGCAAAAGAAACAGCAACAGCACCGACGACGCGGUGCUCAACACGCACAUCUUUAACGGAGAGUCGUUCAGCACCGACGGCAAGGUCUGGCAGGUGUGCGACAUCACCGACCCGCUGCUGGCCCGGCUGUUUGCCGGCGCCGAGAUCCGCCAGGACUGCGACGUCGAAAUCAGCGGGUACUACCACCGCGUGCUGUGGUCCGUGGCCAAGGCCAUCAUGAAAUGCAAGAUGGUCGCUAUCCGCUUCAACCGCACGCUAGUGGACGACGACUUUAGCGCCGCGCUCGAAGCCGCCAAGAACGCGGCCACACUAGACCCCAACAACACCACCAACAACGACGACAACAACAAUGGCAGCGUCACCACCGGACCAGGAGGAAACAACAGCAUCGGCAUUAGCCUCCCCGACCUGCGUCUCACAGCAGCCGAGUACGACGAGCUGCGCGGCGGCAAGUACCGGCCCCGGCCGGGCAUCAAGUCGUCCGGGCGGGAGGUCGUGGACGGCAUGAGCCGACGGCGCCGGACGCACUACCGCGUGCGCAUUCCGCUCAAGGAGGCGGAAGAGCGCGAGGCGGUCAAGAUGAUUAAGUUGCUUACGCAGAAUGCGCAGGAUCAGCAGGACAGGCAGGAUGUGCAGGUUGCUGCUGCUGCUGAUGCUUCUGCUAGUGGUGCGACUGUCCCCGGCGCAGGUGUGAGAGAUGGUCGGCGCGGUCGGGAUGGGACUGUCCUGCCCAGUACAGAGACCCAGGAAAGGGACGAUGAGGCCGAGGAGGAAGACGAAGACGAAGAAGAAGAAGGUAGAGAGCAAGCGCAACGAGGAAACCGCACCUUCCAGGAAAUCCUCGAAGAUAUGGAUGAAGAAGGCAGCGAGGAAGAAGACGAGGAGGAAGAAGAAGACGACGAAGACGACGAAGAGAACGGCAGCGGAGAGAGCGGAGACGAAGGUGGGAAACCGACCAAGAAGAAACGACCGUUCCAGGAGACUGCCUUGGAAUUGGAGAACGAGCUGGAGCAGGAAUUUGAAGAAGGGGGUUACUCGGAUGAAGAUGAUCAGGAGGAUAUGGACGGGGAAGAGGAAGAGGAAGAAGAUGACGAAGAAGAGGAGGAAGAGCAAGGGGAUGAGGACGAUGGAGAUGAGGAAGAGGAAGGGGACGAUUAUGAUGAAGAAGGCCAAGGGUUUCCGCGGUCGUGGGGGAAUGAGAAUGAUUAUGAGUAG